AUGGUAUCGCUGAGGGCUUCAUUAUCCCGUAAGACCAGUAAGUCUUCUCCAUCCCAGGUGCGGCUGCUGGCAUCCCAGGUAGAUGGGACACGUCUGUGGGAAACUCACCUUAGGCCCAUCCUCAGCCAGGCCGUACGCCAGGCCACCUUCUCCAACAUCAUCACGACCCUUGACCCCGGGACCCCUCGCAGGCUGCUGCUGACCUACCACUACGACUCCAAAGUCCUGCCCCCGGACACCCGCGUCCCAGAGAGGGUGUUCCUGGGGGCCAGCGACUCAGCAGUGCCAUGUGCCAUGAUCCUGGAGCUGGCUUCUGCUUUGGACACCCAGCUCAAAGCUCUCAAUCAGCGGGUACCGUCAUCUACUGUAACCCUCCAGCGAGUGUUUUUUGAUGGAGAGGAGUCAUUUGAGGAGUGGACAGCCACAGACUCUCUGCGGAUCAAUGCACCUGGCAGAGCGCAUGACACACACACCAACCUGCUGCAGGCUGUGGACCUAUUUGUUCUACUGGACCUGCUUGGUGGUCCAGACCCUUUGAUUGUAAAUCACUUUGACAACACUGCCCGCUGGUUUGACUGUCUGCAGAAGAGGCUGCACAGGCAGGGUCUGUUGACCUCUCACCCCUCUGAGCAGACCUACUUCAGGAAGGACGUGUACCUGGGCCCUGUGCAGGAAGACCACAUCCCCUUCCUACAUAAAGGUGUACCUGUGUUUCAUGACAUUGCCACCCCAUUCCCCCUGUUCUGGCACACGCUGGAUGGCACUGAGGAGAACCUCACCAAGGUUCUGGCUGUGUUCCUGGCUGAGUACCUGGGCUUCUAA